GAGAUGACGGGACGUCAGCGAGGUCAACGGGAAGUGUCAUGUCAGCCUCCAGUGCAGCGUUUCGUCCGGCGUCGGCGAUGCUCGGCCUGUCCAUAAGAGAGGUGUCCCAGGCACUGAGGGAUGGGAGGGUGUCUGCCACGGAGCUCUGCAGAAAAUGCAUCAACCAAAUACAAAGGACACAUUAUCUGAAUGCAUUUAUCACCAUUACAGAGGAGACAGCUAUGGAGCAAGCACAGAGAGCAGACAACAGGCUCCGAACAGGUAAACCUCUUGGUCCCCUGGACGGUAUUCCCUUCUCAGUGAAAGACAACUUCUGCACAGAGAACAUUGAGACUACCUGUGCUUCAGACAUGCUUAAAGGUUAUGUUCCUCCAUUCAAUGCUACAGUUGUGCAGAAGCUGUUGGAUCAAGGAGCAGUACUUGUAGGAAAAACUAAUUUGGAUGAGUUUGCAAUGGGAGCUGGAAGUACAGAUGGAGUGUUUGGUCCAGUUCGUAACCCGUGGAGCUACACAAGCAUGUACCGUGAGCAGAGCACAGAAGAUCCGGAUUCUGAUUGGGCAAUCACUGGAGGAAGUUCAGGGGGUAGUGCUGCAGCAGUGGCGUCUCUCAGCAGCUUCCUAGCUUUGGGAUCUGACACAGGAGGCUCUACACGAAACCCUGGUUCUCUCUGUGGGGUCGUGGCUCUGAAACCCACUUAUGGCCUGCUCUCUCGUCACGGACUCAUCCCUCUGGUUAACUCAAUGGAUGUGCCAGGAAUCAUGACCAGGAGCGUCCACGAUGCUGCCACUGUCUUGAGGACUCUGCAGGGCCGGGAUGAGAGAGACUCGACAACUGUCCAGGCACCCAGCACUCCACCCAGCCUCCCUGAACACUUUGACAUUCGAGACAUAUGUGUUGGCAUACCAAAGGAAUAUCACGGCCCGGGCCUGUCUAAAGACACUCUGGCCCAGUGGAGUCGAGUCGCAGCCAUGUUUGAGCAGGCAGGGGCACGGGUACAAGAAGUAUCUCUGCCACACACACAGCACUCCAUCGUCUGUUACCAUGUCCUCUGCUGCUCUGAGGUUGCGUCCAACAUGGCACGUUUCGAUGGGCUUGAAUAUGGUCAUCGUAGUAAAGUCGACAGCUCCACAGAUUCCAUGUAUGCCACCACACGACACGAAGGCUUCAACAAUGUGGUUCGCCGAAGAAUCCUAUCAGGAAACUACUUCCUUCUGAAAUCAAACUACGAGCGUUACUUUGUGAAAGCUCAACAGAUGCGUCGUCUUAUCACUGAAGAUUUUAAAAAUGUGUUCCGCUCUGGCAUAGACGUUCUCCUGACACCCACAACACUGAGCGAUGCAACGCGCUACUCAGAUUUCAUACAGGAAGACAACCGAACACGCAGUGCUCAGGAGGAUGUCUUCACCCAACCUGUCAACAUGGCAGGUUUGCCUGCUGUUACAGUCCCCACAGCCCUCUCACACCGAGGUCUUCCUAUCGGCCUGCAGCUGAUUGGUCAGACACUACAGGACUGGAAGUUGUUGACAGUAGCCCACUGGAUGGAACAACAAGUCAACUUUCCAAUGAUCCAUUUGCAUGGAGACUCAAACGAGAGAGAGUUUGACCGAUCAGUCAAAGAAAGAACACAUACGACAGGAUCUUAACCAUGGUGCAUAACCAAGACUUAUUGGGCAGAGGUCAGAGGAAGUGACACCUAUGAGGGUUAAAUUUGGUGUCUAGCUGCAAAAGAAGUGAGAAUGUUAGUGUGAGUUCUGUAUGAGCGCUGUCUCUAUUUUGGACUGUGGUCUGUAUGAUUCACGGUCUCGUCAUUUUCUCAAAAUAUAAUUUAUAUAUAUCCUGCAGCAUUGAUGUAGAUGGACUUAAACUGGCUAAUAACAAUAAAGCAUAGUCGGUAAUGGAAAUUCAGAUUAUAAUAAAAACGUUUAUAUGUUAAAAAUGACCUCCUGUAAACCUUUAAUUCAGGGAGGGAAAACUUGAGUCAAGGUAAAGUAACCAUCAUGCCAAA